GUGUAAAUGCGGCUCAUUCGCGUGUGUUCACCCGGUCGGUUCAAGCGUAGUUCGUCGAAAACUGCUUUUGACUAUGUCGAUUCGGCCGUUUCUUGGGGUGCUGCUGCUGGUCGGCCCGUGCCUCGGCUUCAGCUGCAACCGCAGUCCAAAUGACAACUCAAAACCCGAGUUCCGGCUGCGCUAUAAGCUUUUUUGCGAGAUCGAGUAUGAUCCUCGUGUUAGACCAGUGGAAAAUAUUGAUCACACCAUCCGGGUCAACAUGUCGCUCGACAUGAAGUACAUCAGUAUCGAUGAAUACAGCAACCAGUUCUCGAUUUCCGCCUGGGUAGUGACGACUUGGUUCGACUCUGAGCUCAAGUGGAACCCAACCGAUUAUGGUAUUGAUCGCAUCAGCGUUUCCAGCAGCUUGAUUUGGGUGCCUGACUUAUCGGUUUUCAAUGCGGACUCGAGUCAGUUCUUCAUGCUUGACGGUGCGAUGGACUGCGUGCUUAUUUCCAGCGGAAAAGUGAGGUGCGCCCACGAUCUUCGUGCUCCGAUGUACUGCGACAUGCAGCUCCAGAGGUGGCCGUUCGACACGCAAAAUUGCAACCUCCUAGUUGGCUCAUGGGCCUACAACGGCAACUCAUUGGACGUGGCUAUCAUGGGGCGAGGUAUUAAUACCUACGCAUUCACGAAGAGCAACGAAUGGGAAAUGAUUAGUUCAAAGAGCAUAAGGAAGGCUUACACAUUCAGCAACGUUUCUUACCCAUACCUGCAAUUCGAUUUCGAGUUGAAGCGCCACGCUGCGUUGUUUGCGGCUUCCAUAGUCGGUCCUGCCUUUGUCCUGGCUGGAUUGGUGGUGAUCAGCUUCCUGAUGAAUGGGUUGACCGUACGGUGCGUCGUCUGCUGCACCGCCAUGCUGGGGAAUGCUCUCUUUCUGCAAUACGUUGGCUUCCACCUGCCUGCUGACGGCGACACCAGUCCGUACAUAGUGGCUUUUUACAGAGAUUCAUUGAUCCUAACCUUGGCCGCGGUGGUGAUUUCGACGCUUGUGGAGCACAUGCGAGCCGCAGGCGACGGUGGCUUUGGUGACCUCUGCGGAGGCGAGGCACCCCAGUGGCUCGUGGGGGCGGCUUCCUUCGUCAGGGGGCGCGGGGGCCGGGCAGGGCAGCUGCUCCUCGGCGAGCAUGACGCGGAAAAGCAGGCCGACGAAGACAUGGAGGACGUGUUGACGCCACGCGAAUCAGAGAGGAGAGGCAUUCCGCGGUGCAGCAUGUUCGCCACUUUUAUAGACCGCACCGCCUUCCUCGUCUUUAGUAUCGUUUACAGUAUCCUUCUGUUUGCCCUCGUGCCCUGAUGCUUCAACAAAUUUAAUUUGUAUAAAAAUUUGGUUGAAAAUAUGUAGAAAACCAAUAAAUGAAUAAAAGAGUGAAGUACACACGUAAA